GACCCCCCCUCCGCUUCCUGCCCUCCUACUCCUCCUCCUGUCUUGCAGAAUAUUCUUGUAAAAAGCAGAAGUUUGAUGCAGACUGCAAGCAGCUGACAGCGAGCAUCACCCUCCACAGCACCCCGCACCGCUCCCUCAGGCCUCAUCAUGAGCAGAAAGGUCGUCCGCAGCAGUAAAUUCCGCCACGUCUUUGGGCAGCCGGUGAAGACCGACCAGUGCUACGACGACAUCCGGGUGUCUCAGAACACAUGGGACAGCAACUUCUGCGCCGUCAACCCCAAGUUCUUGGCCAUCGUGGUGGAGGCCAGCGGCGGAGGCGCCUUCUUGGUCUUGCCCCUCUCCAAGACGGGGCGGAUGGAUAAGUCGCAGCCCGUGAUUUGCGGACACACGGCUCCAGUGCUGGACAUCGACUGGUGCCCACACAACGACAAUGUCAUUGCCAGCGGCUCCGAGGACUGCACUGUCAUGGUCUGGGAGAUUCCGGAUGGCGGUCUGACCCGCUCCCUCACAGAGCCCAUCGUCACCUUGGAAGGGCACACUAAGAGGGUGGGGAUCGUGCUGUGGCACCCGACUGCUCAGAACGUGCUGCUGAGCGCAGGCUGCGAUAACGUGGUCCUGAUCUGGGACGUGGGCUGCGGACAGUCCAUCAUCUCCAUAGACGAGACUCACACCGACAUUAUCUACAGCGUGGCCUGGAACCGCAACGGGUCUCUCAUCUGCACCUCCUGCAAGGACAAGAAGAUCCGGAUCAUAGAGCCCAGGAGUGGGAACAUUAUAACGGAGAAGGAGAAGCCCCACGAGGGCAGCCGGCCGGUCCGCGCCAUCUUUGUGUCCGACGAUCAGAUCCUGACCACAGGGUUCAGCCGGAUGAGCGAGCGACAAGUGGCCUUAUGGGAUACGAAGGCCUGGGACUCUCCGCUCACCCUGCAGGAGCUGGACACGAGCAGCGGGGUUCUCAUCCCCUUCUACGACCCCGAUACAGGCAUCGUCUACCUCGGCGGGAAGGGGGACAGCAGCAUCCGCUACUUUGAGGUGACGGACGAGUCCCCAUAUGUCCAUUACCUGUCGAUGUACAGCAGCAAAGAUUCCCAGCGGGGGAUGGGCUACAUGCCAAAGCGCGGCCUGGAGGUCAACAAGUGCGAGAUCGCCAGAUUCUACAAGCUGCACGAGAGGAAAUGUGAACCAAUCGCCAUGACGGUGCCCAGGAAGUCCGACCUGUUCCAGGAGGACCUCUACCCGGACACCGUGGGCCCGGACCCGGCGCUCAGCGCGGAGGAGUGGCUGUCCGGUAAGGACGCGGAGCCGCUGCUCGUCUCCCUGAAGGACGGAUACGUCCUGAGCAAGAACCGAGAACUGAAAGUCACCAAGAACGUCCUGAGCGCGCGGCUGCCCAAGCGCAGCCAGUCGUCCGGCGGGAGCAAGCCGUGUGAGGACUCCAGCCUGGAGCAGCUGAUGGAGGAGGUGGAGAAGCUGAAGGCGACCGUGGCCGAGCAGGAGAAGCGCAUCGCCCAGCUGGAGGAGAAGGCGUCCGAUUAGCAGGGGCCCCGGGCCCUCCCCCAGCGCUGUCAAGAGUCCCUUGUUAAAGGAGCACUCCAGUCAUUGACUUUUCUGACGACUCUCAUGGGCGCCCCCCAUGACAUCAGAGGAGUCCAUCAUCGGAGUCCCCUUUAACCUCUUACUGAACGGAAUAGCGGACAGGGGGCGGGUCUAAUAAAACCACAACCCCUCCCCCAACCGCCUGCCCAUCUCUGUGCCCCCUCUGGGUGUAAAUAAUUCUUAGAGGUACGAGAGUCCCCCAAAAUCAGAAUCCUCCAGGAAAUAGAAAUGGAGGGCUUUAUUCAGCAGUUUCUUGAUCCUGGGAAAGCUGGGUGAAGCACACAGGGGCCCCACGCAGACCGGCACCCAGCUUUCCCAGGGCCCUGCAAGGCGCAUCUGUCAGGGGGGGGGGGGGAGGGAAAGCUGUAAGGACUCCAUAUUGGCAGUCACUCAGCUUUCCCAGAACCCAUCAGAAGUUGACUCUUUCAUUGCUGGAUUUUUUUUAAUUUUAUUUUAAUAGUUAAUGUUCAUUAAUAUCUGAGAAUAAACAGUGAAUCG